CACACCUUCCAUCACUCUGUAACAACCAAAAAAACACAACCACCACCUUCCUUAAUAUGAACGGAGGCUCCCUAAAUAACGACUAUCAAAUUACCGACGAGAUCGGCCGCGGCCGCUUUGGAAUCGUCUACCGCUGUUACUCCACCCUUUCCGGCGACUCUUUCGCCUGUAAAUCUAUCGAUAAACGCCUACUUACCGAUCCAACUGACCGUGAAUGUCUUCAAAAAGAACCUAAAAUCCUUCAUAUCCUCGGUGGAAACCCUAACAUCGUUCAGAUCCAUCGGUUAUAUGAAGACGAGGAUUAUCUGCAUAUGAUUAUUGAUUUAUGUGACACGCCGGACCUUUUUGAUCGGAUUUCGAAACGCGGCGGAACGUUUUCGGAAACGGAAUCGGCGGCGGUUUUCUUGCCGUUGAUGUUGUCAAUCAGUUAUUGUCACCGGUUAGGUAUAGCACAUCGUGAUAUUAAGCCGGAUAAUGUUUUGUUUGAUUCUAGAGGUAAUUUGAAGCUAGCUGAUUUCGGAUCUGCGGAGUGGUUUGCGAUGAAUGAUCGCCGGACGAUGACCGGAGUUGUAGGUACGCCGUAUUAUGUUGCUCCGGAGGUUUUGUCUGGUAGAGAGUAUAAUGAGAAAGUUGAUGUUUGGAGUGCUGGUGUAAUUCUGUAUAUAAUGCUUGCCGGAGUUCCUCCGUUUUACGGCGAUUCACCGGAGGAAACUUUUGAAGCUGUUUUAAGAGGAAACUUACGGUUUCCGACUAGACUUUUCAGAUCUGUUUCGCCAGAAGCCAAGGAUCUGUUGAGGAAAAUGUUAUGUAAAGAUGUUUCUAGAAGAUUAUCUGCUGAACAAGUCCUGAGGCACCCCUGGGUAGUAAGUGGAGGUGAAACAAGGACAAUGGCAGAUUUGACUUAAUUGGAAGGCUUAAUUCCAGUUAUGAAAUCAACAAAUAAGUUUUUUCAUCUGUUGAUUUUAGUCCUAUGAAGGUGAUGAGUCAACAGAAGAAAGAUAGAGAAUGAAAGUUCAAUGAAUCUUUUUCAAGUUGAGGAGAUAUAUAUAUAUGUUUAAUAUCAUAUAUGAAAGAUGGUGAUUGUUCUACUACUUCAUCCACUGUACUACUGGUUAUAUGGAGAAGAAAUGAAUCAAUCUACCAAUCAAGUUUUGUAAAUAGAGAGAUUAGUUUUAGCUAAAUGAUGAUGAUAAAUAAAAAAGUGUUGGGUGUAAAUGUUAAUGACAGAGAGAUGGCUGCUUGCUUUCUUUAUCAUCCUCUGUAUUUCCUUCCUUCAUCUAAUGUGAUGUUUUCACUUUUUCUCUUGUUGCUUUUGAGUUUGAAUGAUAAUAGAGUUCAAGUUUCUAUCAA